ACUUGAGCCACUUCAACGACGGCAGAUAAACGCUUUGCCCAACCAUUGACGCAGGACAACAGCCCUUCUUGCAAAGUGUACACUGCCCUGCCAUUUGGUUACCCCGAGCUCAUAUAAGAUGGCAUUUGAUCGUGGCGGAGGUCGUGGUGGAGGCCGUGGAGCUCCCCGAGGAAGCUUCCGUGGCGGCGAUGGUGGCCGUGGAGGAGGCCGUGGAGGAGGCAUGCGCGGCGGUGGUGGUUUCGGCGGCGGUGGUUUUGGCGCCGCACGUGGAGGGGCUCGUGGAGGCUUUGGCGGUAGAGGACGUGGCGGCCCUCGAGGUGGUGACCGUGGUGGACGUGGCGGCCGCGGAGGCGGUCGCGGUGGCCGUGGCGGCGCUGGAGGAGCAGGAGCUAAGGGAGGAAGGAAGAUGAUUGUGGAGCCCCAUCGUCAUGCCGGUGUCUUCGUUGCCCGGGGUGGUAAGGAAGAUCUCCUUGCGACUGCAAACCUUGUUCCCGGCGAAUCUGUCUACGGCGAGAAGCGGGUUUCCAUCGAGAACAGCGAAGGCAGGAAUGAGGAUGGCACGGCGGUCACGACAAAGACCGAGUACAGGAUCUGGAAUCCGUUCCGUAGCAAGCUUGCGGCCGGUAUCCUGGGCGGUCUGGACACGAUCUACAUGAAGCCGGGCUCCAAGGUCCUCUACCUCGGUGCCGCCUCCGGUACCUCCGUCUCCCACGUUGCUGAUAUCGUUGGACCCACCGGCGCUGUCUACGCCGUUGAGUUCUCUCACCGGUCAGGCCGGGAUCUCAUCAACAUGGCCACCCGGCGGACCAACGUCAUCCCCAUCGUCGAGGAUGCCCGGCACCCGAUGAAGUACCGCAUGCUCAUGCCCAUGGUCGAUGUCAUCUUCGCCGAUGUUGCUCAGCCAGAUCAAGCCCGUAUCGUCGCCCUAAACGCCAAGAUGUACCUGAAGCAGGGAGGCGGCCUGCUCAUCUCCAUCAAGGCCAACUGUAUCGACAGCACAGCCCCGGCCGAGGUCGUCUUCGCCAGCGAGAUCAAGAAGCUCAAGGAGGAGGACUUCUACCCGAAGGAACAGCUUACGCUAGAGCCGUACGAGCGAGACCACGCCAUCGUCUCAGCAGUCUACCAGCAAAAAGAGUUUCUGGGUUGACCGGUGACGCUAACGAGGCUCUCCCCCCUCGAUCUAGCCGUUCAUUGAAAGGCCCGCGGUUCUGCUUGUUUCUUCGCGGCUCUGGUGUUUAGUGGUCGGAUGGUCUAGUCUUUUAUUCCCUGUCGUGCUUUCCGGGCUGGCGAACUACGGCGUUUUUGAGUCGGGCUUGUUUGGUACUCGCAUCCAACGUGUGUUCCAUGGUGCAUCAUCCAUCCACCCAAAACGACCGGGCUAUCCAUACUGGAUGGUAGUUAAAAUGAUUUCCUGGUGGGAAAGCACGGCACGGCCGCACAAGGCAUUGCUUGGCCCCUUGCUGAUGAUCUAUUUCUACGGUUUCGUGAGCUGGAUGCGCAUGUGUAUUAGACUCUUAAUGGACAAACAUGAUCACAUACAUCACUUGAAGCUU